AUGUCGGGGGUUGAGCUUUGCGAGCAAGAGGCGCCGCUUGAUCUGAGCUUUCGGGGGAGCAAGGGAUUUCGAUCUGUUGGGGAUAAAAAAUUGCCCUGUGGUGCCUGUGGCAAGUAUUUCGAUCGUCCGUCGUUGCUGAAGAGACACAUUCGGACGCAUACUGGUGAGAAACCCCACGGAUGUUCAGUCUGCGGAAAAAUGUUCAGCACAAGUAGUUCCCUGAACACUCACGUGAGAAUUCAUACUGGCGAACGUCCGCACGAGUGCUCCAUAUGCGGAAAACGCUUCACUGCCUCUUCCAAUCUGUACUACCAUCGCAUGACUCAUUACAAGGAGAAGCCCCACAAAUGCAAUAACUGCGAGAGGUCCUUCCCCACUCCUGGGGAUCUGCGAGCUCAUAAUUACUCGCAUACGGGCAACUGGCCGUUCAAAUGCCCAGUCUGCGGAAGGGGUUUCUGCAAGCCCGGAGCUUUUCAUCAUCAUGUGGAACUGCACAGUGGUGGGUGUAAUCCCCCUAGUCCUCUAAUUUUUAGAGUUCAUUAA